AUGACAGCCGUUCAGCUUGUGAUCAGACAACCAGGUCAGCAUCAAAAGCGUACUAUCUCAGUUGACAUUGAUCAGGAUGAUACUGUGGAAUGCUUAGAACGGAAGUUGAGUGAUCAGUUGGGGAUCUCGGCUGAUUUCAAUGUCAUUUUUGGAGGGAAAAGGCUGGAUUCUAAGCAGUUGAUCAAAGAUUUACAGCUGGGAUUUGCAUCGUAAGACAACAGUAACAGAUUACAGAUUAUUUGCAGGUACCUGACAGUAACCGUGAAGGAGAAACCAGUACAAGAAGAAGGGUAUGAGGUCGUGGAGCGUGUUGAAGAACAAGAUACUCAGUUGCCGCGAACUUCUAGUAGUUUCUAUGUGUUUUGUAAAAAGUGUGACACUCUGAAUACGGCCAAACUAAGGGCAUACUGUAAUGAGUGUUCAUCAUCCUCAAUAUUAUUUAUCAAUGAACCGAAGGAAGCUGCAGACAUCAUUAACAAGUAAGUUAUCCAUUCUUUACAUAAAGAUAAUGUAACGGUCAAUUACCAUGUCUUAAAUAAUUGUUUUAACUCAUACAUCAUCAGGGGUCGGGUACGAGUGAACUGUUUGGAUUGUGAGAAGGAGACGACGUGCAAGUUUGUGUUCAAGUGUAACCAAUGUAACGAUGAAACUGUGUUUCUGUUUCACAUAUCGAGGAAUCGGACUAGUAGUGAAUGUCUGAUAUGUGGGGAAGUGGAGGAUACUGUGUUUAUACUACCGUGUCAACACGUGUCUUGUGUACAAUGUAUGUCUGCCUACAUGGAGCAAGCUAUGAAGCAAUGGCUGUUGGUGUACAGGAAGGAACUCGGAUUCUCAUUGGCGUGUCCUAUGGUUGAUUGUAACGGUAAGAUGAUUAUAUUGAAUCAUAGCUGGAUGUUUUAUAGUAAUGUUAGCCAUCAAAAUUUCAAAUUAUUUAAAAUUGUGUUUUAGCUGUAAUCGCUGACCCUCACCAUUUCUACUUACUCGGACGUGAAGGCUACCGUAACUUCCAAAGCAAAUCGGCCGAAAAGUUCUUGGAAAUGCAGGAAGGGUCUGUGUACUGUCCUCAUCCUGAAUGCAACGCUGGAUUCUCAGUUCAAGAAGACCGCACGAUAUCUGAUUCAGAAGCUGACUACGUCUUGUGUCCAGAAUGCUCACGAAAGUUCUGUGUCAAAUGUAGAAACCGAGGACCGUGCAUCUGUCACAUCGAGGACCAGUCGGUCAAGUUGGUCAAGGCCUUAAGCAAACCGUGCCCGACUUGCAGGGUACCAACAGAACGGAACGGCGGAUGUGCCCACAUGAGAUGUCUGAACUGUGGUUUCGAAUGGUGCUUUCUUUGUGAAGCCGAAUGGGGAGACGGCUGCCAAUGGGACCAUUGGUUCGACUAG